AUGUCUGCAACCACGGCCAGAAAACCAGCCCCGCCGGGCACCCCUGGGCGCGCUCCUGCAGACAAGGUCUCGACUUCGCCAGCCAGCGCUGCCCGCCGCGGAUCCACCCCCAACGCCAACGGCACGAAUGGUGUUACGAGAACGCGCUCCGUUCGGUCCGGUACUAAUGGCUCGCCCGUAUCAGCGCGCGCAGCCGUCAGGAAGCCCGGCGCAUCUUCAAAUCUCAGCAUGAGCGCUUCGCAGGCCGACAGCAACGACGAAGAUGCCCGCGAGGAGCAGGCCGUCCUCCUGGCCGAUCUCAAGGAGCGGUUACAGAAGGCCGAGAACGAGGCCGAGGAGCGCCAGAAGCAGGCCGACGUGCUCAACGCUCGGCUAGAUGACGCGCUCAAGGAGCAGGCCAAGCUCGAGGACCGCGCACACGAAGAGGAAGAGAAGGCUGAGUCACUCGAGGUCGAGAGGCAGAAGCUCACACGUCAGCAGCGCGAGCUGGAGGGCAUAUACGAGGCAGAGCGAGUGCAGGCCAUGAAGGACAAGGAGGAGGCCCAGACUCGUGCCGAAGAACUGCAAGAAACCAUUCAGCGAUUGAAAGAGACUAUGGCCAAGAAGAACGUCGAGAGCAGCGACGCCGAGGAAGGGAGACUAUCACGAGCUUCGAGCUUCCGUCAAAACCCCUCCCGCAACAACUCCUCGCAGAACAUCGACACGGCCAGCUCAUUUGCACCACCAUCCACAGUCCAGCGAAGCGACUCGCGCAACCACUCCAAGCUCAUACACCAAAAAGACCAGAUCAUCGAGGGCCUACGCCUCGAGCUUGCCGAAUUCCAGAUCAAGAUGAUGGAAAUGGACAAUGCUGGCGGAGGUCGCUUGCGUGAGCUAGAGAAGCAGAUGGUAGACAUUCGCAUGGCGAACGCCAGACUAAUCGAAGACAACGAGAGCUUCCAGCUCUUACUCGGAGAGAAGACACUCAACGGAACGCUAAGCCGCGGCGACUUUCUGCGUCCGUCUUCGUCCCACUCAGAGCGCGCACCUUCACGCAACGGAGCCAUGAACAGUCUCGCCGACGAACUCGGAGAUCUCGAAGAUACCGAAGGCGCAGAAGGCGAAGUGGUUCGCAAGUUAGAGCACGAGGUCAACAGUCUCAAGGAAUCGAACAAGGCUUUGACCCUCUACAUCAACAAAAUCAUCGGUCGUCUCCUCCAGCACCAGGGUUUUGAAUCCGUGCUAGGCGGUGACGAGGACGAAAGUUCAGGGGGCGCUGCCGUUAACACGAAUAAGGAGCUUCCCCCACCGCCUCCGCCGAAGGACAAUGAGCAGCCUGCCGAGGGCGGCUUCCUCCAGCGCGCGAAGUCCGUCAUGGGCGGCGGCCGCAACAAGCCCCGACCUAUGAGUUAUGCCGCGCCUCGCAGCAACCUGAACGAGGAUCCCGAGACCGCACCGAGGAUCCCAUUGCAGCGCGCCAGCACAUCCAGAGCUACCAGUAGCGAUAACCACCACCGUCACUCUACCUCCGAGAUGCCUCCACCAGGGAGCAUCGUCACAAACAUGUACCGCAUGCCGCCACCCGCCGUAACCCCAGGCCAGACAUCGCCAGGUAUUGUGUCGCCACGCAAUUCCUUCUUUGGAAUUCCUAUCAGCACAGGCAACAGCAACCCUUCUUCGAGGGUCCCCUCGAGCAGCGCGGUACCUAAAGACGAUGGCAGUGAGACCGACACAAAGUCGACGUCUGAGACGUCGCACGUCGACACACCCAGCCCGCCACGCCGCGAGGUGUCCAGCACCAUGACAGGCAAGCAAAUGCGCCCACUGCGGCUCGUCCAGAACAGCGAAGAAGAACAGCGCGCCCGCAAGGCUGCGAACCGCGCGUCCUGGUUCGGCGGCUUCUCCAUGUUCGGCAACAACGGCGAGCAGAAGGCCCCCGAGGCUUCGUAG